AUGGGUUGCUCUGGAGAUCGCGAAAAGGGAGAGGUACAACUGGAGGAAAAAUGGGACUACGUGAACCUUGAUGACUUUAAAUCCGAUUCAUGCUGGACACCCUUCUCGUACAUCUUCUUUUGGAUAAUGCUUAUCGUAUCGGUAUCAGUCUAUGGUGUCGAUAUCUUUACUGCGGUCAAUCUGCUCGCAUUCUCUCGUUGGUCCGGCCGUGUUGAACCCGCCAUCCCGUUCAGAAUCUCGCGUUGGAUCUUCGCCGUCUGUAUUAUCGUGUCGCUCACUUUGCUGGUUUACCGAUGGGUAUUCGCAAUCCGCGCUAUGCGCUCAGGCAGUAUUACUCGGAGCUAUCUUGACCCCCUUGCCGUGCGCAUUCAAAGUUUCCGUGUCGUCGAAAAGAACGGCCGUGGGUGGAAAAAGUUUCUGGUCUUUGCUGAACUGACAAAGAGUAAAAAAGGAGCCGAGUAUGUCGCACUAUAUACAUAUUUCGCCUUUCAAUUCUGGAUGAACACGAUUUUUGCCGACGGGCCGCGUCAAGUUAUCAAUGCCAUCACUCUUUACUCCGUCAUGAAAUUGGACCUUCUUCCAGGAGGAGAGAACACGACAAGCGAUGGCAACGCCUCGGGAAUCAUACAGUUCUUCAACAACAUCAAAGUUCUCGCUGAAGAAAACAACCUUCAAGCUGUGGUCUUGUUUGGCAUGCUCUUUACCUUGAUUAUCUGGGUUCUAUCUGUUUUGAAACUCGCCUCAGCGGUCAUACUUUACUUGAUCUUCCUUUUCCACCACAUUCCAGCCGAAGAUGGAUCCCUCAAGGCAUAUUGUCGACGCAAAAUUAGCACCCGACUUAAACGAAUUGUUCGUCGCAAGGUUGACAAAGCUCUCGCAAAAGGUCUGCAGUUACAGGAUCGCGUACCGACCCGACCGGGUCUGGCAACCGUGGACUCGAAACCGACACUGCCUUCUAUCGAUAUGGAUAAGACCCCUGUUGUGACCGCUUUGUCACGCAGCACCACGGAAACUACGCUGCCUCCUUAUACCCGCUCGAACUCAACUCGGACGGAGAGAAUGCCGACUCUACCGAAUCUUGAACUCGACAGCAAACCACCCUUGAGUCGGACCACGACUAAGUCGUCAGCUAUCUCAGCAGACUCGGCCCCGUUGACCGCCAAUGCGGCGCCGAUGGGAUACAGCCCUCUUGAUCGCCAAGCCUCUCCAUUGCCUCCGGUUCCGCCUGUGCCUGACAAUAUGCCCUCAAGAAUGGGUUCAGGCCAUGCCCAUCCCACUCCUGGACCCCAAUACGCAAGCGAAAGCGAUUAUAACUACCCUCCGUCUCAAUAUCGCAACUUGACGGACUCUGCCGGGCAGCCGGCUCGUACGUUCACCCCUGCUGCCGAUCCUUAUGCCACAUCAGGCCCCCACCUUGAUACCACUCAUGAUUAUUAUGACCCCUCUGAUUCCGCCGGGCACUACGAUCGAUAUGGACCUUCUGGAGAUGUCUAUGAGGAGGAUGAUUUUGAUAGCUAUGAGACAUCUCCGAACCAUGUACACCACCUUGCGCAGCAUGGGCACUCCUUCCAAGAGGGAUAUCAAGCAAGAUCAUAUACCCCAGCAUCCGCCGGCACAGAUCCUCGUUCUCAAGAUCCUUACUCGGCUAGAUCAUACACGCCCGCAAGCACAGGUGGAACGUACCGUCCCGAGGAUCCAUAUCAAGUCAGGUCCUACACUCCAGCAAGCACUGCCAUUGGCCAACCCCAAGAUGGAUAUCAGUCCUAUACAUCAGCAAGCUCUGCCACGGCUCGACCCCAAGACGGAUACCAAUCAUACAGUCCGACUAACGGAGCGGCCGCGGCGUAUCCUCAAGAAGGAUACCAGAAUAGAUCCUACACCCCAGCCAGCACGGUGACACCUCAUCCUCAAGAUGGGUACCAGCCUCGAUCAUUCACCCCGGCAAGUGCUGCAACAACGCCGCAUCCACAAGGAACCGCUCCACCGUUACGAUCCAUGACGCCGGCAAGCCGAGCCACGCCCGCUCCACAGCAAGCGGAUCAGUCAAUGCGGCCACCUCCACGAACAUAUACUCCUAUGAGCCCUGAAAGGUCCGCCUCGCAAAAUACCGGGUAUACUGCAUUCAAUCCGUCGGGCACUUCUUCAACACCCCAGCCCCGCAUGGCCCGCGCACCGCCUACAGGCUACCAGCCAUUCACUCGAGCCAACACAGCCUCACCUUCCACAAUGAACCGGAACGGUCCCCCGGUCGGAUAUUCUUUCAACCGCGCACACACCGACCAAUUCUGA